GUAGGUCAAUUUUAUAAGUUUUUUUUUUCCUUCUUCUUCUUGUAUUGGUACAAAGAACCUCAAUUGUUUUCACAACCCCAUCAUUGGACAAUAUUUUUCCUUGAAUCACAUCAAAAAGCUAUGGAGAAACUGGUUUCAAGCUGGUACAAUGUUCAAUCUUUACCUGAAAACUAUAUAUUUCCACCAGAAACUAGACCUGGGAAAGAAAUUGUUCCCAUAUGCAACAAAAUUCCUGUGGUUGAUCUUGAAGGAACCGACGCCACCUGGAAAAUUCUGAAGGCCAUUCAAGAGUUUGGAUUCUUUCAGGUGAUUAACCAUGGAGUUUCAGAGAGAUUAAUGAAUGAAACUAUGAGUGUUUUAAAGGAAUUCUUUGAGAUAGAUGCAAAGGACAAGGCAAAACUCUAUUCUGAUGAACCAACUAGAAUCUGCAGGCUUUACACAAGCAGUGUAAAUUACCAUAACGAACAAGUUCAUUUUUGGCGAGACAAUCUGAGACACCCUUGUCAUCCCUUACAGGAUUUCAUUGAACAAUGGCCUGAAAAGCCAACAAGAUACAGAGAAAUUGUUGGAGCAUGUUCAGUUCAGGUGAGGCAGUUGGGUCUGAGGAUUUUGGGAAUGAUCAGUGAAGGGCUGGGACUGGAUAAUGAAUAUUUAAGGGGUGACCUUAGCAAAGAGAUGUUAUUAUCAGUUAAUCACUACCCACCAUGCCCAGAGCCAAGUUUAAGCUUGGGAUUACCUAAACACAGUGACCCUAAUCUCAUCACCAUAUUGAAUCAAGGAGAUGUUUAUGGGCUUCAGGUCUUCAAGGAUGGGCAAUGGAUUGGGGUUGAGCCUAUUCCCAAUGCAUUUGUGAUCAAUAUAGGCCUCCAGUUACAGAUCAUCAGUAAUGGGAAGCUGAAGAGUUCAGAACACCGAGUCGUGACGAAUUCAACUGAUGCUAGAACAACAGCAGCCUUCUUCUUUAAUCCUUGUGGAGACAGCAUGAUAGAACCAGCAAAAGCUUUAACUGAUAAUGAGAGUCCUCCACUUUAUAGAGCUUAUCAAUACAAGGAGUUUUUUAUCAACUAUGCUGCUAAAAUUGGCAACGCUGAAGCAGUAUUGGAGCCCUUCAAGCUUCAGGCCUAAUUACUGAUGCUAUCUAUGGUCAUAGCUUGUUCUGUAAUAAAUGGUUAAUGACUUUCAACUGCAAAAUUAAUUCCUUGUUGGAAUUGCCUGAGAUUUACUUGGCAUAUGUAUCCAGGAAGAAGCUGGUCCAAUAUUGAAUGCCCAUAAAAAAUUGAAGCAAAGCUCACAUGGCUGCCCAAAAGAGAUCCUAGACAGGAAGCAAAAUCUGAAUGGGUUAGGCCAUUUUAACAAGAAGCUUGCCCAAUACCAAUGCCUAUAAAAGCUUCUAACACGACAUGCUUUUCUUGUC